AUGGCUGGUCUUUUGUAUCUUCAUGAGGGUUGUCAAAGGAGGAUCAUCCACAGAGAUAUCAAGGCUGCAAAUAUAUUGCUUACAGAGGACUUUGAGCCUCAGAUUUGUGAUUUUGGGCUUGCAAAAUGGCUGCCGGAGCAAUGGACUCACCACACUAUCUCAAAGUUUGAAGGCACCUUUGGCUAUCUUGCUCCGGAGUUCUUAAUGCAUGGUAUAGUGGAUGAAAAGACGGAUGUUUUCGCCUUUGGUGUGCUGCUGUUGGAACUCAUCAGUGGACGUCGAGCUCUUGAUUACUCACAGCAAAGCCUUGUUUUGUGGGCAAAACCCCUGCUUAAGAAGAACAGGAUCAGAGAGCUUGUUGAUCCUUCACUUGGUGAUAACUACGACUCACUACAGAUGAAGAUCGUUGUUUUGGCUGCCUCCUUAUGUGUGCAGCAGUCUUCAAUUCAACGUCCGAAAAUUAGUCAGGUUUUAGAGAUUCUAAAAGGUAAUCAUGGGAGCUUAGAAUUGGUGGAAAAUGGUAGGAAGCCAUCAUAUUGGAUAAGGUACUAUGAAGAGCUUUUUAAAGCACAAGAGAGCAACUUCACCAGGGACUUGAAUGUUCUUAAUCAGCAGAAACAGAUGGCUCAGGAAGUCUGA